CUUGCGAUCCAUUGUCGCCAUGGCCCCAAAGCAGGGCAGUGGCUCUAAGGAGUUCUGUAAGAAGUUUCUGUGCUCGGCCAGCGUCACAGCAUGUGCUUUGAUGCUCUUGAGGACCUUUCGGAUGUCGAAUCCUUUCGACGGAGUGGAAUUCAUUCAGACCAGCCGCUCACUGCUACAAGACCUUCAAGCCAAGGGUGGGGACGGACAGGAGGAGUUUCACCCCGUGAAGUUCAUCACCUCACCGCCUGCGGCACCGCCUGCACCGCCUGCACCGGCCGCGAAGACCGUGGCUGUCGAGGUGAUGGCGUCGGAGACGCCAGGGGAGAGCUACAACGGUCAUUUUCUGCACCGCUUGAGUGCGAAGAAACCGGGAUGUAAAGGCUGCUGCAAUCUAGGAGAGAAAGUUGUGGACUGUUUGGACGUUGAGAAAUGCGCUGAGAAAGGCCCAGAGAAUGGAAAAUAUGCCCUGGUGCUGAGCCAUUGGGGCAUCCCAAGCGAAGGAAUGUUGCAGUCAAUUACUUCCAUGAAAGCUGCAGCAAUGGCAACGAAUGCAGAUAUUUUGGUGAUGAUGCUGCAGCGCGAUGCCAGCAGGAUCCCCGGGAAAGUGGACAGCAUGCUGAAAAAGUGGGGUGUCAAGGUUCAUGUGGUUCCUUGGGAUGUGCCCCCAGGGUCCAUGUACAAUCCUCGCCAUGAUUGGUGCGGUCAUCAGGAUUUGAUACGACUUCACACGGUGGGACUGGAAGGAUAUGAUGCUGUGGCUUACUAUGAUGCAGAUUGUGAGUUUCAGGGCGACAUUCUACCAGUGCUGAAGUGUGCAGCUCGAGGCUACUUCUUGAGCACCAACGGCGGGGUGGGCGAAGCCUUGAACAUUGGUUUCAUCGCGGUGCGACCCAGUCCCCAAUUGUUGGAGGCCGCGCUGAUCUUCGCGCGCAGUAAUAACUUCACCAUCCGAGAUGGUUGGGGCAACACUGGUUGGAAGCCUUGUGGUGGUUACUAUGUUGGUGGAGAGUGUGGGCAGGGCUUUUUCUACAGCCUCUACUACUCCAAAAGCAAAGCUGCUAGGAAAGCCUUGGAAGAGGCUGGCAUCUGGGACAACGGCGCCUUUGAGCCGGCCCAGAUCGAUCGCUGCCUGUGGAACUACCAGACCAGCUACCAAUGCAGACCUGAAUUUGACUGCGAGCGGGUGCGGGUCCACCACAAACCGACCAAGGAGCGUGGUACUGACCGCAACGAGUGCGAAAAGCUGAAGUACCGCGAGCGCCGCAAAGAGGCUGCGCGCAAGAAAAAACUGGCGCGGGCGCCACCCACGGCGGAGGAGCUGGCAGCGGCCACGCAAGGAGUUCUGCUGCGACACUCGGGGGGGCUUUGCGUGCAAUCCAAUGAUGCAGACGGCAUGCUGCUGCUCUCUGACUGCGAUGGAGAUCCGACCAAGAACAUUCGCUUGGUGGAGAACAUAAAUUCAGAAGAUGACGAUGCGGAGUCCUUGGGGGAGGUGUACCUCAAGAUGGGCAAAAAGUGUUCUCAUCCGCAAGGCGAUGAAGACGAGGACACGGCUCCGGCAGAGCCCAGAUUGAUUUUCGACGACUGUUCUUCUCGCGACCAUCACUUUGUCUUCAAGCGCUUGAAGGCGGAGGAUGGCAGCUCCUUCCUCUUGGAGCACAAGGGCUCCAGGAGGUGUGUGCACCCCUUUGAGGGUCAGGACAGGCCCCAUGAGGGUACAGAGCUCUUGUUGCACUCGGACUGCAGCACUGCGCGGAAAGCGCUGACGUUUCAAACCAAAGCGAUGGCCGGGUCCAAGGCAGCCGCAACACCCGAACCAAAGAUGCCGCUGACCGUGGCCGCACAGGAACCAUGUCAGUACAUGAAGGGCAGCCCUCAAAGUUCCCGACCUGGAAAGCCUUGUUUGCCACCGGCAAAGUUCUGGCCAUACAAGGCAAAGACACAGUGGCGCAUCGAUCUGGGUGAACGGAUCUUAGCGGCCGUCACACCAAAGAUCAGCGAAAAGGUCUGUGAUGGUUUCUACCUCUAUGGUGACGUCACCUGGUGUAAUCGAGCCUUUAGCGCGGGACCAGCAGCACUGAUUGCAUUGUCCUAUGGCAUUGAAGAACGGGACAUCUGGAGCGAACUGAUGAGCCAGAAGGGUUUGCGCACAAAGCUGUACGACUGUUUCAUUCCGCCGGAUCGCUCCACACCCAUUAGUGGCAAGGCGCCAAAUGGCACGAAGCGCUGCAAAGGGGUCGAGAAGAAGCCGUGCUAUACGACAACGUACGAGAGCUACAGGAUCUGCUUGGGUGCCGAGCCAAAAGUGGAGGAGGGAAGGCGCUUCGAGACAUUGCUUCCACACCUGGCAGAGUAUCCACCACUCUCGGUGCAUUUGAAGAUCGACACAGAAGGAUCAGAGUGGUCCGUGCUGGAACAACUCAUGGAUAGCCCAGACAAGGGAAAGAUCAGGACGCUGGACAUGGAGGUGCACUUUGGCUGGGACAACCAGGGCAACUUCGCCCACACGCGGAAAAUGUCGAAGAAGGAACUGCUCCAGUCACAUGUGGCGAUCAUGGAGAGUCUCCUCGAGGAGUUCGAAUGCACAGGUUCGACCCUGGAAGUCUAUCGAGAAGGUUGGAAUCCACAGGAUUGCCCAAAGAGCAAGUGUAACGAGCCACCGGUUUAUCUGCCUGGAGGGUUCUCAGUGGAGAUGUUUGCAGUGAGCUUCGUGAACAAAGCCAUGUUGAAACCACAUGGAGCGUCAGCUUUGUGACCUGUGCGCCAAAA